AUGGGGAGGGGGCAGACGGCGCGCGGCGCGGCGGCGGCGGGAGCGACGUCGAGUGUCUCCCGGCGCCCGUCUGUGGCCAAGCAGCUAAGCAGCGUAGCAGCCAGUCAGCUCGCCGCCGGCAGCCAGGCAGCCAACCAUGCUCAACUUCGGCGCUUCUCUCCAGCAGGCUUCAGAGGAAAGGAUGGAAAUGAUUUCUGAAAGAUCAAAAGAGAGUGUGUAUUCAUGGAACAAAACUGCAGAAAAGAGUGAUUUUGAAGCUGUAGAAGCACUUAUGUCAAUGAGCUGCAGUUGGAAGUCUGAUUUUAAGAAAUACACUGAAAACAGACCUGUUACUCCAGUGUCUGAUACCUCAGAGGAAGAGAGUCUGCUCCCGGGCACACCUGACUUCCAUACGAUCCCAGCAUUUUGUUUGACUCCACCUUAUAGCCCUUCCGACUUUGAGCCCUCCCAAGUGUCAAAUUUGAUGGCAUCGGCGCCAUCUACUGGACACUUCAAGUCAUUCUCAGAUUCUGCCAAGCCCCACAUUGCUGCACCUUUCAAAGAGGAAGAGAAGAGCCCCGCACCUGCCCCCAAACUCCCCAAGGCUCUGGCAACAAGUGUGAUUCGUCAUACAGCUGAUGCCCAGCUGUGUAACCACCGAUCUUGCCCCGUGAAAGCAGCCAGCAUCCUUAACUAUCAGGACAAUUCUUUUCGAAGAAAAACCCACCUAAAUGUUGAGGCUGUGAGAAAAAACAUACCCUGUGCAGCCGUGUCACCAAACAGGUCAAAAUGUGAGAGAAACACGGCCGCAGAUGUUGAUGAGAAAGCAAGUCCUGCACUUUAUGACUUUUCUGUGCCUUCCUCAGAGACGGUCAUCUGUAGACCUCAGCCAGCCCCUGUGUCCCCACAACAGAAGUCCGUGUUGGUCUCUCCACCUGCAGUAUCAACAGGGGGAGUGCCACCUAUGCCAGUCAUCUGUCAGAUGGUUCCCCUCCCUGCAAACAACCCCGUUGUGACAACAGUGGUUCCUAGCACUCCACCCAGUCAGCCACCAGCUGUCUGCCCACCUGUUGUGUUCAUGGGCACUCAGGUGCCCAAAGGCGCUGUCAUGUUUGUCGUACCCCAGCCCGUUGUUCAGAACCCAAAGCCUCCAGUGGUGAGCCCAAAUGGCACCAGACUGUCUCCCAUUGCCCCUGCUCCAGGGUUUUCCCCUUCUGCAGCAAAAGUCACUCCUCAGAUUGACUCAUCCAGGAUAAGAAGUCACAUCUGUAGCCACCCAGGAUGUGGCAAGACGUACUUCAAGAGCUCUCAUCUGAAGGCCCACAUGAGAACACACACAGGAGAAAAGCCUUUUAGCUGUAGCUGGAAAGGUUGUGAAAGGAGGUUUGCCCGUUCUGAUGAACUGUCCAGACACCGGCGAACCCACACAGGUGAGAAGAAAUUUGCUUGUCCCAUGUGUGACCGACGGUUCAUGAGGAGCGACCAUUUGACCAAGCAUGCCCGGCGCCAUCUGUCUGCCAAGAAGCUACCAAACUGGCAGAUGGAAGUGAGCAAGUUAAACGACAUUGCCUUACCUCCAACCCCUGCCCCCACGCAGUGACCACUCAGAAGAUGAGAGUCUGAAGUAACUUUGGUCACAGCCAGAAGCUAGCGGUGAUGUAAAAAUGCUUCCACCGCGAGUCUGUGGCCCUCCAGUGUGGCUGAACGCAGAGGCCCCACAGCCUGAGGAGAAGCCUCAGCCCUGGGCUGGAGGGAGGACAGGAAGUGCUGCCGCGAUAAGCAGGUCACGGAGUGGCAGGAUUCAUUUCUUAUCACAUAAGAGAGAUGAGAAAGCUUUUAUUCCUUUAAAUACUUUUUGAAGGUUUCAGAUGAGGUCAACACAGGUAGCACAGAUUUUGAAUUUGUGUGCACAAUUUAUUACUUAGUUUUCACCAUUUAUACUUGAGACCAACUUUUCAAUGUGAUUCUUCUAAAGCACUGGUUUCAAGAAUAGAGACUGGAAAUACACAUUACGGUACAGAGACAGAGAUGGAAAAUCGAUUUGUAUUACAAAUAUUGGCAUCUUUUCCUAGUUAAUCUUGUUUACUAUUCCUAGUCUUUCCAGUCAACUUCGUGGAUGUAGUUGUUAAAUAUAUCUAGAACGAGCAUUUUUAUACUUGUUAACAUUGCAAUUAAGCAGCUUGUAUAUUGCU